CUUCUUCUUUUCUUUUUCUUUUUUAUUUUUGUGAUGUUGUAUUAUUUGAAGGCCAUAAAAUUCUCAAAAAUUUCUUUUUUGAGCUAGCAUCAAAUGAUGGCUGGAAACCCUAAUUGGUGGGGCAUGAUAAACGACACCAUGCAUUCACAAUCUCAUCAUCAUCAACAUCAACAACAACUUUCUUCUCAAUUUCCUUAUGUCUCGAAUUCCGAUCAACUUUCUUCGUCGAACCCUUCUCAUUCCAACAGCCCGGAUUUUCCGGUUAGGUCUUGGAGCCAACUACUACUGGGUGGAUUGGCUAAUAGUGAAGAAGAAAGAUUUGGCGCGAAUGUUUUCCAACAACAAAAGAAGGUGGAAAAUUGGGAGGACCAAGUGAUGUUGAAUCUGAACAACGACCCGUCGUCUUUCGCUACACAGCUCGUUAGUCUGCCUUUUGACGCCAAGCAAGAGGUCUCUCAAACCAACUGCCGAUUAUUUUACGGUGGUUUAGAAGACGGGUUUGAUGCUAAUAAUAGACUUUCCAUUAAUUCUUGGCCUAAUUCAUCUCAUCAAGUAGUUGGGCCGGUUUCUUCACCGACUUCUUGUGUCACGACCUUGAGUGGAAAUAUUUUGAAUUUCUCAAAGUCGAAAAAUCAAAUCCUCAAUCAAGAUCGUUCGUCCAAGUGCAAUAGCACGGGCGAUGGUGGGGCAUCUAAGAAAGCUAGGAUUACACAUCCCUCAGCCCAACCAGCUUUGAAGGUGAGAAAAGAGAAGUUAGGGGAUAGAAUAUCAACUCUUCACCAACUCGUUUCUCCAUUUGGGAAGACUGACACGGCUUCUGUCUUGUCAGAGGCCAUUGGCUACAUUAGAUUCCUUCAGGGCCAAAUUGAGGCACUGAGCUCUCCUUACAUGCGGAAUGCAGCAGAAAGCAGCAGAAAUCAACAACAUUCUGAUUCACAAGGAGUGAAGGAUUUGAGAAGUAGGGGGCUUUGCUUGGUCCCAAUCGACUGCACUCAGCACGUCGGAAGUGAAAUCGGAGCCGAUUAUUGGGCUCCGGCGGCCUUUGGUGCCGGUUUUUGAUUUUCCGGUCAAUAGUUUGGAGUUCACUUGCCGUAACAUCAAAUGCAGUCAUUCUCUAUAGCAAGAGGCUGACUACUUGUGAUGCUACUUGCUAUAGUUCUCUUUUCGAUUCAUGCAUGCCAAUUCAAUUGGGGGGAGAAAAUGUCAAUUAAACAUGUUUUCCUGGGCUUUUAUGUAAUUAAACCUAAAUAAUGUUGUAGAAGGGACAUGUAUAUUCAUGCUGCCUUUUAAAAUGAAAAAUUUCAUCUUUAUUUCAACGUAAU